AUGGACAGAAGGUGGAUACAAAACCCUAACAGAUGCGCAGACGAAUACUUGGAUGGAAUCGAGGAUUUUAUUGAGUUUGCACGUAGACACAACCCGGGUGCAACUAGAAUCCGUUGUCCUUGUAGGAGGUGCAACAACACGUUAUGGGAGACAAUUGAAAAUGUUGGAUUUCAUUUAAGCAUGCUUCGUCUUCAAAUGCCACAAGAGUGGACAAUGUUCAACCUAUUGUGGAUGCUAAUGAUGAAGUCAUGGAUAUUAUACAGGAUGUUUUUUCCAUUUGCAUCGACCAACAUGAAUCAAGAAGAGCAAGAUGAUGUGCCUACACCAAUAGACAGUGCGGAGUUUGAACAAUAUGAGAAAUUGUUAAAAAAUGCCAACCAAGAGUUAUACCCGGGGUGCGAGAGCUUUUCCGUUCUCACGGCCAUUGUGGAGCUAAUGCACGGAAAAAUAAAGUAUCGUAUGUCGAACCUGUGUUUCGAUUACUUUUUGGGGGUUUUCAAGAGAAUGCUUCCGACGGACAAUUGUUUGCCGAAAGACCAUAAACAGGCGCAGAAGGUGUUGAAUGGUCUUGGAUUGGGUUAUGAAAAAAUCCAUGCUUGCAAAAACAAUUGCAUGUUAUUCUACAAAGAGCAUGAAUCGUUGGAUACAUGUCCUAUAUGA